UAAUGGAAACAUUAUCAACAGCAAAGAGAUCUCUUUCAUAUGAAGAUAUUAAUCAAACAAAUCCACUAAAGAAACACAAAGCCAAUACAGUGAUUAAUAUAACAAAUAUGAAUCAACAGAAAUCAUCACCAAAUAAAGAAUUCAUUUCUCUUUCUGAAAGAAUGAGGCCUACAUGCAUUGAUGAUUACAUAGGGCAGGAAAAAGUUAUUGGAUCUCACACAAUACUAAAACAAUUGCUAAUAAAAGGGCAUAUUCCUAGCAUGAUAUUUUGGGGUCCACCAGGAUGUGGAAAGACAUCUUUAGCUAAUGUUAUAUCAAAACUAAUUAAAGAAAUACAUGGAGAAAAAGUACAUAUUAAAAAUCUUUCUGCAACAUCCUCUGGUGUGAGUAAUAUCAGAAAUAUUGUUAACACAACAAAAACUAAAUCAAAAUUGAACAAUCAAGUUAUUGUAUUUAUGGAUGAAAUACAUCGCUUUAAUAAAUUGCAACAAGAUAUUUUUUUACCACAUAUUGAGGCAGGCACAUUUACUCUAAUUGGUACAACUACAGAGAAUCCAUCUUAUAGUUUAAAUUCUGCUCUGCUAAGUAGAUGCCGUGUAUUUGCUUUAAAUAAGUUAACGGUAUCAAAUAUUGUAGAUAUUCUUUGUAAAGCCAUUUCAUCUAUUAACGGAGAAAUAUAUAAUUUUCCACAAAAAACUUUAUUGACUAAUUUAAAGUAUAGUUUAAGCUGUAGUUCUAAACCAUGUUUCUCCAUUAAUCAGAUGGUAAUUGAUUGGCUAGCAGAGGUAUGUGAUGGAGAUGCACGUGUUGCAUUAAAUAGUUUAGAACUGGCAGUUAAAAGUAAAGUGUCAAACGAACUAAGUUCUUCUCAUCUUGUUUCAAUAACUCUUGACGAUGUUAAAGAAAGUCUUAAACAAGCACAUACAUUAUCUGAUAAACAUAAUAAUACUCAUCAUUUAUAUUCUGCUUUACACAAAUCAAUAAAAGCUGGCAAAGAAAACGCAUCUUUAUAUUGGUUAGCACGGAUUAUGGCAGUUAAAGAAGAUCCAGUGGAUGUAGCAAGAAGAUUAGUAAGAAUAUCAAGUGAAGAUAUUGGCUUAGCAGACCCUGAUGCUUUAGGCAUAGCUGUUCAUACUAUGCAUGGAUGUCAAAUGAUCGGAAUGCCAGAAUGUGAUGUGAUUUUAGCACAAUGUGUCAUAUAUUUAACUAGAGCACCAAAGUCUCAACUUGUGUAUAAUGCUUUAAAAUCUGCUAAAAAUAUAAUUAUAAACCACAAAGAUCCACAACCUAGAGUACCAGUACAUAUCAGAGAUAGUACGGGACAAGAAAAACAUUAUGCUAUUUUUGAAAGCAGCGCGCUGUGAUAGACCAAUCAGAUUGAACUGGAGACAAGCUCAUUGGUUGCUAGAAGCAGGUAUACCAACUCUUGGUGGAUCAAUAUACAAUAUAUAAUAAAAGUGGAGACCUUUCGUACUGUCUUUUAUAUUACAUCAGGUUUUGGAAUUGGUAGAUGAACCUUGUAGUACUAGUGAGUAAUGUUUUCGUGUGAUUAUUAACAAUUUAAAUUAUAGUCUUAA